UAAAUGAAGAAGCAACUGAACAGAAAACAUUCAUGCAAUCAACAAAGGUGGUAAUUUUCGAGAAAAUCAGAAUAAAGCCAAACCAAAAGUUCUAGAGACAAAGUCAAGCAGAGACAGUAGAGCAAAACAGUACUCUCGUCAACAGUAUCCCCAGUGUUGUGCAUGCGGAUACCAGCACAUGAAGGAUAGGUGCCCUGCAGUCGGUCAAACUUGUGACAAAUGUAGUGGUAAACAUCACUUUGCAAGAAUGUGCAGAUCCAGGCUUUCAAAAUCUGACAGAAGAGAUACACAUGGUAAAGGACAGAAGUCAGUUCAUACUUUAGAACAGACUGAUUCACAAUGUGAUGAGUUUGAAGAUUUAUUCAUUGGCAUGGUAGAAACAGACAGUGAUGAUGAAGACUGGAUGGAAGUUUUAGUCACUGAAGGACAAGAUGUUUCUUUCAAGCUUGAUAUAGGUGCACAAUGUAAUGUUAUUUCUAAAUCAGUGCUGGACAAUCUGAAUCUAGGACAGUAUACUUUGUCAGAUUCACGUGCCAGAUUAAUCUCAUACACUGGAAAUAGAAUGACAACACUUGGACUGAUUGAACUCCAAUGUACAGUUAAAGGUGAUAAUGUUGUUCACAAAGAGCCUUUUCAGAUUGUGAAAGAAGAGCGACCCAGUCUCUUGGGCAAAAGAUCCUGUAAAAAAACUGAAAUUAGUGCAACGUGUAAACAUGGUUGAAGAACCAUUGUUUAACAAAACUGCUGAGAGUGAGAGAAACAUUUUGGGAGAAUUUCCAGAAUUCUUCAGUGGUUUAGGUUGUAUUCCAGGAGAGCACCAUAUUGAAAUCAACCCUGAAGUUACACUAGUGGUACAUCCACCCAGAAAGGUGCCAGCAGCACUUUUGGAUAAAGUGAAAACCGACCUGAAUAGAAUGGAGAAAAUUGGUGUUGUUGUAAAGCAAACUGAGUCUACAAGUUAGGUUAAUAGCAUGGUCACAGUGGUGAAACCUCACAAGAUACGCAUAUGCAUUGAUCCUUAAGAUCUCAAUAAAGUUGUGAAGCGUGAACACUAUCCAAUGAGAAUUGAUGAGGAAAUAAUGUCGAGAUUGCCAGGUGCUACUGUUUUCAGUGUCUUGGAUGCUGAAGCAGGUUUUUGGCAGAUUAGACUUGAUGACGUUAGUUCCAAAUAAUGUACUUUCAACACACCCUUUGGACGUUACAGGUUUACUCGCUUGCCCUUUGGUGUGAAAUCUGCACCUGAAGUGUUUCAAAGAGCUAUGUCACAGAUACUGUAAGGACUCGAUGGUGCAGAGUGCAUUGUUGAUGAUGUGUUGGUAUGGGGCAGAAAUGUUCCUGAGCAUGAUGAUAGACUUGUCGCAGUUCUGAAGAGACUGUCUGAGAAAGGUGUUACACUGAACAAAUCAAAGUGUAAACUCCGAUUGUCUGAAGUGUCAUAUGUGGGUCAUCUGCUUACGAAGGACGGAAUCAAACCCGACCCUGAAAAGUUCAAAGCGAUUCGUGACAUGUCGGAACCGGAAAGUAAGCAAGACUUAAUGAGAUUCCUGGGCAUUAUUCAGUAUCUUGGCAAGUUCAAAUCCACAUUGUCACAUGAGACUGCAGUGUUGAGGGAGCUAAUGGCCAAUGACAUUGUGUGGCACUGGACUGAGUCACAUAAGCAGUGUUUUCAGAAACUGAAGUACCGGGUGACGGACGUUCCCAUUCUCCAGUACUAUGACGUCAACCAACCAGUGACGUUAUCGAAAUAUGACUUGGAUGUUUCAUACAAACCGGGCAAAGAACUCAUAGUUCCUGAUGCUUUGAGUAGAGCAUUUUUACCAGCAAGUGAUGAAUGGUUUGAAGACACUGACUAUGAAGUGAACUUCAUCUCAAUGCUUCCCAUGACGCCUGAAAAGGUGACAGAAUUCAAAGAUGCUACUGCUAAUGAUGUGCAAUUGCAACAGUUGAAAUCAAUUGUUCCAUCUGGAUGGCCAGAUGACAGGCAGGAUGUUCCUGUACUUGUACGAGACUUUUGGAACAUUCGUGAUGAGAUUAAGACAGUGGAUGGACUGUUGUUUAAAGGUGUGAAGCUAAUUGUUCCCAGUCAGCUACAAGAGUAAAUGCUUCAUAGAGUGUGUAAGUGCCAGUUAUAGCAUCUGUUUGACAGCAGUAAGCUAUAAUUAGAACAAGAGUAUGGGUCAUGUGACAGUCAUGUGACAGCGAGGUGAGGCGAUGCGAGCCACGGGCAGUGGUGAGAGAGAGGUCGGCCGAGGCAGAAACAUGCUAUCGUUUAGGCAUAGAGCUGCACGGUUUUCAACCGUAUUACACACUCAUUCUCAAUAAAUCGUUGCAAUUUUUAUUUGCAGCCUUAGAAAAACCAAAGUUUAUUUAUGAUAAAGAGUCUUUUG